AAACCGUCCACCAGCUACCCAAACGUUCGCACUUCUGGUUGUUCUUUCAAACCAAAUACCCAAAUACAGUGAACAGAGUUUUUUGUUGCGAAGCAAAACGCAAGAAUACAACCGAGACCGAGACGAAUUUUCGAUUCUACAUCUCGAUUCCGUGAAAGUGAAGUAGUUGAAAACACCAUCAAAGCACCGUUUGAUCCGUGAAUCCACCCGUGAAUUAGAAGCAGAAGCUUUGUGAAGCAGGUUUAUUGUCCACUUGGUAGCUAACAGUGAUGGUUGUCGCAGUGAAAGUAUUCAAAAAAUCGGCACCGAAUGGCAAACUGACCGUCUAUCUCGGCAAGCGUGACUUCAUCGACCACACCGACUACUGUGACCCGAUCGAUGGCGUUAUCGUGCUGGAUCAGGAGUACCUGCGAGGUCGCAAGAUCUUCGGGCAGCUCAUUACCACCUAUCGCUAUGGUCGCGAAGAGGAUGAGGUGAUGGGGGUGAAGUUCUCCAAGGAGAUGGUGCUAGCGAAGGACCAGAUCUACCCGAUGGAGAACGCCAACAUGGAGAUGACGCCGAUGCAGGAGCGGCUGGUGAAGAAGCUGGGCGCGAACGCAUUCCCGUUCACCUUCCACUUCCCGAGCAUGGCACCGAGCUCGGUAACGCUCCAGGCCGGUGAGGACGACCAGGGCAAACCGCUCGGUGUCGAGUACGCGAUCAAGGCGUUCGUCGGUGAGGAUGAAAGCGAUAAGGGCCACAAGCGCAGUGCCGUCACGCUUACGAUCAAGAAGCUGCAGUACGCACCCGCUACCCGUGGCCGCCGUCUACCUUCGUCGCUCGUCAGCAAGGGCUUCACGUUCUCGCAGGGCAAGAUUAACCUGGAGGUAACGCUCGAUCGGGAGAUCUACUACCACGGUGAGAAGCUCGCCGCCAACAUCGUCGUGACGAACAACUCGCGCAAGACUGUCAAGAGCAUCAAGUGCUUCGUGGUGCAGCAUUGCGAGGUCACGAUGGUGAAUGCGCAGUUCAGCAAGCACAUUGCUUCGCUGGAAACGCGCGAAGGUUGUCCGAUCACACCCGGGGCCAGCUUCACGAAAUCCUUCUUCCUGGUACCGCUUGCCUCGAGCAACAAGGACCGCAGGGGAAUUGCACUCGACGGACAUCUGAAGGAUGAUGACGUGAAUCUCGCCUCGUCCACACUGAUCGGCGAAGGCAAAUGUCCCUCGGAUGCGAUGGGUAUUGUCAUCUCGUACUCGCUGCGCGUCAAGCUUAACUGUGGCACGCUCGGCGGUGAACUCCAGACGGACGUACCGUUCAAGCUGAUGAACCCAGCACCUGGAACCGUGGAACGAGAACGAGUGAAUGCGCUCAAGAAGAUGAAGUCGAUAGAGCGUCACCGUUACGAAAACUCGCACUACGCCGACGAUGACGAUAAUAUCGUGUUCGAGGACUUUGCUCGCCUGCGGAUGAACGAGCCGGAAUAAAGCGGCCCGCGGGUUAUACAGGCGCUUAUCACCACCUUCGCCAAUGAGGGCAUUACCGAUCGCGGUACCCUUCUUCAUCACCAACCAUCCUGAGCUGAGCAAACUUUCAAGCAAUUUCUAGACAAAUUGCUAAUGCUUCCCGCACCCGUGGAACACCCGUGUCCCUUUUGCUGCCCCAACCCUGUUAGCUCCCAAGAGACCGCAUCGCAGUGUGCGUGUAUAGGGCUUGAAGGAAACAAAUUCUGCCACCAGGGACCUGUCCAGGGUUAGCUAGGGAACUCCAGCAGCGAAACAUACCUGAGCCACGUAACAAUGCCCAUGUGAUAAUACUAUGAUGCUAUUUAAAUUAAUCACCCAGUGCGCCAACAGAGACAGAGCGCGAUGUAAAACUGACAAAAAAAAAUCAACCAAGCGAAGGAACAACCUACCCUAAGUGCUCCCUAUUAACGUGUAACGAUAUAAAAGAGAGAGAAAAAACACUAGAAAAAAAACGAGGAGCGAUAAUAGUAAGCCUCCACAAAAAAAGAAGCAACAAGCAAAGUAACGGAACGAUUAUUAAAUGACAACGAAUUUGAUUCAUCGAUUAAUUAACUGUCAUGCAAUGGUUCUAACGAAAGACUGCGCAGUCACGAUACAACAACAAA